UGUAGUUACUGAGGAAAAUAGGAAAAUGUUCUCCAGAUUCAAGGAUUUUGUGAACCGUCAUCGGAGGAAGUUCAUUGUUACCGGUGUUGUUGUUGGAGGUACUUGGCUCGCCCUCCGUUACGCUCAGCGCAAGCUUAGAGAAUAUACUGAAAAUGAAGCCAAGGAAUUCAUUGAAAGAAAUCGACGGCAGCAGCACUUUAAGAGUACAGAACGUACUUGUGAUCAAACAAUUCUCUCUUUGUCACCUGCAAUUCAUGAAGCCAUCAUAAAUUGUGUGAAUACAGAGGAGCUAGUGACUGAGCUUCAAACAGCGACAACAGGAAAAUAUGGCAUCUGGGAGAGAUUAAAAGUGCGAGCUUUCACUAGAAUAGCUGCAUUAGUUUAUGCAAAUUCCAUGCUUGUGCUUCUCUUGCGAAUCCAACUCAACCUUGUUGGAGGUUUCCUUGUUAGAGAUGCUAAUGGUGAGGGUGUGUUGUCAACAGAGCUCCAGCAUUUGUAUCUCUCUCUAUGCCACCACUUACGAGACACUGGUAUUAUUGAUCUCUGUUCUCUCAUUGAGCGACAUGUUCAGCCCAUUAUGGAAAAUAUUUCAUUAAAAAAGCAAAUGUCACUUCGAGACACUGAAGAGCUGUUCUGGUCUAUUCAAAACUCUGUUGAAAGUAACAUGUAUGAAAAUCCAAUUAAAUCCAUGGCAAAAUUCUGCAUUCCUUCCAAAGAAAAUACUGAUACUGGCUGUUUACAAGAACAGGAAGUCCAGCAACUGUUCAAUAUUAUUUCUGAGACUUCUGAUUUAUUGGAAUCUGAUGAAGCUGCUUCAUUGAUGAGGUCUUGCAUCAGCCAGAGCUUUGCCGGUGUCAUAGACAAACUAGCCGACCAGUUUGCUCCUAUAAACCAUUCGGAGCCUGCUCCUGGCCCUUCCAGUGACAAAGUGGCAGAUGCUUGGACGAGUGCAGUAAAUGGAUCCGCAAAAAGCUCGUUUGUCCAUCCCAGCAAUGUGACAAUGCCUUUGGCAAAGCUUAUCCCUAUUGUAAACAAGAUGACAGAACUUUCCCCCAGCAAAAAAGAUUUGUGGAUGUAUCAGCUGGUGCGAAACGACCUUGUGAAAGUGUUUGGAGCUAAUGUUUAUGAAGCUUUUGGGCAACUGGAAUAGGGUAUGUUACACAGGCAGGAUUCAUUCAAGUACAAUUAUGUAUGAUAAACCUAGUUCUUAAGGGACAGCAAAGCAUUUUCUUAGCCAGUACUAUGUAUUUUGUUAAUAUAUUUCAAACUAUGGAUCAGUACUGUAGUCUUCUUUAUCAUAAGUUUUUGUACCUUCUUGAAUUAGCAUGUAACUGUUUGACUAUGAUUCAAAUGCCAGAUAAAAUGUAUGUUGGGCGGUGUUUCCCACAACUUCCUUGGAUUAAAGAUAAAGCUAUACAAAUGAAA